CCAGGGCAGCUGGAAAUGGGUAGUCGGAAAUACCGGAACUAUUUCGACGGAUACGCAAAGCUUCACAGCUGGACUUUUCCUGGAAACGGAUCUGCAUUUUUUUCUGCAAAAAUAAUCAAAUCAAAAUCUUACUUGUCAUCCAUCCAGGAGAAUGAUGUUGAACCUUAUCUCACGUUCAGAGGGGUUAUUCCUGCCUACGAUGGAGCCAAACGAUUUGAAUGGAUGACAUUGAAUAUGGAUGAUAUGAACGUGAACGUCAUCAACUAUGCCAACAGGACGGUGGCUGUCAGUGAUAUAUGGCAAAUGUUUGAAUUCGACCUCACAACUUUGAACAGUAUCGGCUCCGUACUUCCACCUACACCGCCGUCAAAAUUUUCCAAUUUUGGCAAAAAGAGCGAAAUGUCGUCUGCUCAUCCUGUUCCAGAAUACGGCACGCAAUCAAGAUUUGAAAUAAUCAAAACAUUGAGUCUAAUUCCUGGGAUGAAAGAUCGCUUGAGCGUGGUCCGGAUCAAAUCCCUUGAUAACACGGAAAUGGUGGCUGAGUGGGAGAUGGAAAAAAGUCACUACAUGCAUUCGUUCUCGGUCUCUCCUAACUACGUUAUCCUGAUCGCGGCUCCGUACACUAUCAGUAUCAUGAAAAUGCUGGAGACUUGCUCAGUAGAGGGUGGAAUGGUUUGGGACGGGAACGCCAACACUUCUAUAUAUGUUGUAGAGAUAAAGACAGGAAGGGUACAUACAUUACAGACGGAGACAGUCUUCGUUAUUCAUCAUAUCAACGCUUUCGAAACGCCAGAUGGUAAAAUUGUAAUGGAUCUUCCAACUCAAGUAAAUCCAUUUGCUUUUGACUAUUUUGACUUUUCAUAUCUUUUCAAUAAAACAGCUCGGAUGGAUAUUCUGUCGACACCAGUCCUCAAGCGAUACACAAUUGACCUUCGUACAAAGACUGUGUCAAAAACAGUCUUUGAAAAUGGACCAAAAGCUCCAUGCGCCGGCGCACUGGAAAUGCCAGUUAUCAACGAAAACUAUCGUCAUAUAAAGUAUUGUUACAUCUACGGCACAGUGGUCAACUACGACGGGAUGGGUUUCAGUCACAUUGCUCUUGUCAAGAAGGAUGUAUGCAACAAUGAAGGAGACUUGAUGUAUGCUGUGCCCCACCAAUACUUUACAGAGCCCUGGUUCGUCGCCACACCCGGAAGUAAGGAGGAGGACGACGGCGUGUUGAUGUCAUCAGCAUUUGACGGGGAUAAGAAAGCCAGUUACCUGCUUAUGCUUGACCCUAAAACCAUGACAGUCAUCAACCGAUCGUACAUGCCAACAACUGUUCCUUUCAACUUUCACGGCAGAUUCUUUGAUAUCGAAUAA